AUGGCCGCUCGCUUUGCCUCCUCCAAAUUGUUCUGCUCCUCAUUUCUCUCCUCUUCUAAAGUUGCCGCAUUUUCUCCGGCAUACUUCUCUACAAACGUUGUUGGAGAAUCUCCAGUUCUUGUGAGGGACUUCAUUCAUGCGGCUUUGUAUGACCCUGAACGCGGGUACUUUUCCCAAAGAUCGGGCUCCGUUGGAGUGCUUGAUAAAAGUAUCAAGUUCAAUCAGCUGGAAGGCCGGAAAGCUUAUAUGAAGUACCUAAAUGCAGUAUACAAGCAGAGUGAUAUAUCAUGGUUUACUCCAGUUGAGCUCUUUAAGCCUUGGUAUGCCCAUGGGAUAGCUGAAGCAAUUAUGCGAACUGCUAACCUCUCUGUUCCCCUGAAAAUAUAUGAAAUUGGGGGUGGAUCAGGAACUUGUGCAAAGGGUGUAAUGGAUUACAUAAAGUUGAAUGCUCCUACCAGAGUUUAUGAAAGUAUGACUUACACUUCAGUAGAAAUCAGUUCUUCACUUGCCCAGAAACAACUUGAAACUGUUGGCGAAGUAGGUAGUCACUUGGCAAAGUUUAAGGUAGAAUGUCGUGAUGCUGCUGAUCCAAAUGGAUGGGGCCAUGAGGAACAGCCAUGUUGGGUUAUAAUGUUGGAGGUUCUCGAUAAUCUUCCCCAUGAUCUUAUUUUCUCUAAGAAUCAAGUCGCACCUUGGAUGGAAGUAUGGGUUGAAAAGAGACAUGAGGGGCUAGAUCUGUGUGAGCUGUAUAAGCCUAUAGAAGAUCCAUUAAUAGCAAGUUGCAUGGAGAUCCUGGAUUUAGCAAAAGAUGGCACUACUCAUGGAGCCAUGGCAGCUUCAUUUGCUAGAAGUAUUUGGGCUAAAAUACUUUCCAAGCCUCGAAGGUGCUGGCUACCAACUGGUUGCUUUAAACUUCUUCAAGUUCUGCAUAGUGCUUUACCAAAGAUGUCGUUAAUCGCAUCGGAUUUCAGUUACCUUCCUGACGUACGAAUACCAGGUGAACGUGCUCCUCUGGUGGCGGCCAAGGAAGAUGGGAAUAGCUUGGAUUACAACAAUUAUCUAGAUGCGAAGGGUGAUGCUGAUAUAUUUUUCCCGACGGACUUUUGGCUUUUGGAACGUAUGGAUCAUUACUGCUCUGGAUGGUUAAGGCCAAAACAAGAUACUUCUUCAAAGAAAGGAAAGAAGAGAAGAACACUUACGCUCGAUACAUCAUCCUUUAUGGAAGAAUUCGGUCUUCCUACCAAGACGAGAACCAAAGAUGGGUACAAUCCGAUGCUCGACGAUUUCAAGAACACCAAGUUCUAUCUAAGCGUACCUACACAUAAUAUCAAAUAG